GGCGCUGCGCCGUACGCUUGUCACUGUCACUGUCACCCGGAAGAGACGUGGCAGACAGAAGUCAGGUAGAGGGAAAAAAAAUUAGAGAAAAGUCAGCAGCUGUUUAUGACGAGUCCUGUGAGGUGGAGGGGAGGUUAGAGGGGUCCUGGACUACAGCAGAGGCCGGAUACUGGAAGAAGAAGGAGCAGGGGGAAGAGGCUGGGUGGUGGGGCGUGUCUGACCCUGGCAGGAUAAGGUGUCUCUGCCAUUAUGGGUCUUUGCAAAUGUCCCAAGAGGAAAGUUACAAAUCUUUUUUGCUUUGAGCACCGGGUCAAUGUUUGUGAACACUGUCUGGUAGCCAACCAUGCCAAGUGUAUUGUUCAGUCAUAUCUACAGUGGCUUCAGGACAGCGAUUACAACCCAAACUGUCGUCUUUGCAAUACCCUGCUUUCAUCCAAGGAGACUGUACGCCUUGUUUGUUAUGAUCUAUUUCACUGGUCCUGCCUAAAUGAUCUGGCCUCUCAGUUGCCGACAAACACAGCACCCGCAGGGUACCAAUGCCCAAGCUGCCAGGGACCGAUCUUUCCCCCCAACAAUCUUGUCAGCCCAGUGGCCUCCACGCUGCGGGAUAAACUCUCACUGGUCAACUGGGCUAGAGCAGGCCUUGGCCUUCCUAUGAUUGAAGAGGCAGAGCCUGUAGAUGAAAUCUCCCAGCAUGACGUCACAGAUUACAGGGACUGGUCAGUUGUUAACUCAUCCUCUGAUCACCUAUCAGAAAGUCCAGAAAUGGCACAGCAGACAGGGUAUCUGUACAGCUCUGGCCCUACACCUAUGCCACAGCAUGGGUUGUCGGGAAGCACAUCAAAAGACCAUCCUGUCAUUAUUGGAGACACUGGAGGGGAGAGUGUUGCUAUGAAUGCAGCCUCCACACCUAGGAAAAUCUAUGACACUCGAGAAGUUGCUGGCUCCCAAGACACAGUGAUCGAUUUUGAUGAAGACAAAUACAGGAGGAGACCGACACUGAGCUGGUUGGCAAGAAUACUGCGAAAUCGUGCUGGUUCCAAGUCCCAGCCAGCUUCCACCAAACAGCGUUUUUUCAUUGUCCUAAUAAUUGGUGUAUUAGGCUUCCUUACCCUAAUUUUACUUAUGUCCAAAUGGGGUAGAGCAUCGGCUGAAAAUGACCCGAAUCUUGACCCACUAUUGAAUCCUCACAUCCGGGUUGGACAAGAGUAGAUGAUACUUCACCAUUCCAGAGAAAGACAGCCUUGGACUAUGUCCCCAUUUGAAAUUCCCAGUAGUAUACAAGGCCUAUGGUGUACCAAUCGGAGAACUUUUAACAAAUCAUCUGUUUUGGGAAGUACAACUUAAGUUUGUAACAGGAGAGGGCCUUGACUUACUCAACAUCAUUUACUUCAAGUCCCUUCAGCCUUUGCACUGAAAGAAAGGGGACAAAAAAAAGAAUUAAAAAAAAAAACGGAAGUGUUGGUCCAGUUGUGAUGGCCAAGGUGUGUAUUAUUUAGACCAGAAGGGACAAUGACCAUACUUUAUAUAACUACUGCUUCAGGGAAUGCGCGGUUCCCUGUAACUGUUUUGUGCCUUUUUAGAAAGGGCACGAGAACAACAGUUGGCUGAAUCAACAACCAGAAAGGGCUCCAGAGCCUGAAAACAACUAAAGAUCUUGUGGAAAAACUUCACCCUUCUUUUCGGUCUAAUUUUACAAUAACGGUUUUCUGUGUCUAUUAAGAGAUAAAAAGCAGAAGUCAAGAGAAUUUGUAACCCAUAGGAACUGGAAGUCAGACCCAUAAAUGUUUUGUAUACAGCUAUUUUUAAUGACCAUCCUGUAAUGCAUUCCUUUUUUCCCUGUAUCUGAUUUUUGCUGUUUUUCAUUGGCCAACAGUGUGAAAACAGUGAUGGAAUAAGUAAUGCAGGGUUCAUUAGAUAAGGGCAUAGUGACCGACAGUCACUACUUUUCUGAAUUUCAGUUAAAUAAUACAAGUUUCUUUCUGAUAUUUCCAUUCUGACAGGACACAUUGCUAACAAAUAAACACUAAAAUAUUUUAUGGCAUCGGUAAUUCUUAAACACAAAUCAAAAUAUACUGUUGACACUGUCCUAAAUUUGUUUCUGCUUUUGUGUAUGUUUGUGAUAAAAAUCAGGUAUUCUCUUUCAAAUAAACAAGGAUACAGAGUG